CUUCCACCUUGUCAGCUCAGGUAGGCUACAGGAGACAGGAGUUUACAAGCAUCCCAGAAAGGCAACAUUAAUUCGGAUUCCACUUUAGUCAAACAAACGAGACUGCCGGAAAAAAAAUCCCCCUAGUGGCAGCUCCAGCGGCUGGGUGUAGCAGCGCGGCGAAGAGGAGGCUGUGUUUGGAUUAGGGGGUUGGGCUGCCUGCUGCUAGGAAAUCUGCCGCCAGACAUCCAGCUUGUCUCCGGCGGUGCAGCGUUGCUUUCCCGCAUCCUCAGCAGCAUUGACACCGCAGAGCAGCCUCCAGCCUCACCUGCUCCUCAUCCGUGCUCCCCUCCGCCUCUGUCAGACACAAACACUGCCGCAGCACACAGGAGACGGACACACAAGGACGGUCAGCUGAGCAGUCUUCAGGGAAAUAAAGGGAAUAUAUAUAAGGCGGUGAAAGAUGGUGAAACUGGGGAGUAAUCUUCAAGACAAAGGGGCCAAACCUGUGAGCGUGGAGGACGGCUUUCAGAAUGUGCCUCUCAUCACUCCACUGGAUGUCGGCAGUCUCCAGAGCCAAGCACCUGACAAGGUGGUGGUAAAAACUCGCACGGAGUACCAGACAGAGAAGAAGAGGCUGAAGGUUCCCAAGGUGGAGGAGUUCAACAUCAGCUUUACUGACGGGGUGUCUGAGAGACUUAAGGUGACUAUUCUGAUCAUCCUGGCCCUGGCCUUCCUCGCCUGUAUCGUGUUCUUGGUGGUUUAUAAGGCCUUCACCUAUGACCACGCCUGCCCAGAUGGAUUCAUUUACAAGCACAAGCGGUGUAUCCCAGCCUCUUUGGAGGCCUACUAUGCUGCUCAGGAUGCCAACUCAAGGGGCCGUUUCUACACAGUGAUCAGCCACUACAGCAUGGCCAAGCAGACCACCUCGCACUCUGUCUCCCCCUGGCUGCCUGGAGGGGCGGCGGGGCAGCAGCACGAUGCUAAACCUCCGAGCGACGAGGGCCACUGAGUUAGCUGAACGGUUAAAGGGUGUCGUAAACACAUGCAGACAUGAAGAAAUACAGACACAGGCAGAUAUAGAUGCAGUCACACACAAACAUGUAGGUGAAUAUUUAAAGAUAUAGACAAAAGAGACACACAUAUCCACAACAGCUACAUAUAUAAAGCCAAUAUAGAGUGAAAACAUGCAUGCAGACAUAAGAACACACAAGCACAUGCUAGGUCAUGUUCUGAUUUACCUUGACUGUCCAUUUAUGUGCUCAUUCUCUUAUCGAGGAGCAUUUCCCAUUGAACCUUUGCUCUCUUGGGAUCAUCAUCUGCUGAUACACACACACAUGUAUACACACACUCACGGUCUGCUCUCUCGUUACCAUGUCUUUAGUCCUUUCCUCUAAUUUAUUAUUAAUUGAUUGUGUUGAUAUAUUUAUUUUUUACUGUAAAGUAUGAAUGAUUUGUAUGUGAUUAUCUUUGUACAAAGGCACGAGUCAAUGCUGAAUUUCAUGCUUCCCCUUUGUGAGAUCUCUGAAUUUGGGAGUCUUUUUUUCUUCUGCAAGUAUGUAUAGUGUAGUUAAUGUAUAUUCAUUCACAGCCCCUUUUCUUUCUUGUCCUAACAGCGUAUCCCCAAGCACGUCCGACACACAUGACACAAAAACACGCACACACACACACACGUCCGACACACAUGACACAAAAACAUGCGCACGCGCGC